AUGUUGUCGCUGGCUUUCGUCGUACUCGCGAGCGGCGGCGCUCCGAUCGGGAGGGCCCGCUCCCGCCUUCACCACCUCCGCGGUGGUGGCCCUGAUGGCGGCGCUGGUCUCGCUUCGGGCGUGCCGGAGCCGCCAGACGGGGCAGUCAGCGGCGCAACGACCGACAGCGGGCCCGACUCGCUGGAGCUGGGCGCGGUGGCGGCGAGUACGGCGCUGGCCGGCUCCGGCGGCACAGUCGAGCGCGGGCCGGCCGUUGAGCUCUCUCGCGCUGCCGCGCCGCCUGUGCCUCCGAGCCGUGGCUUUCCAGUCGCGUUGCGGCCGAGUCAGGUUGCGACGCUGCGGGCGUCGGCCAAGGAGAGCGCGCAGGGCGGGCAGUGGCGCGAGGCGGGCAAGUUACGUCUUCUCCAGGCGUGCGAGCUGCUGCUGGUCCUCUGGAGCGGCGGCGACGCGACGGAGAGCGAGCGGCGCGUCUCGUCCGAGCUGCAGCGCGGCCGGCUCUCCCUCGCCCUCUGCCUCUCGAAGCAGCGUCGCUGGCGCGAGGCGGUGGACACGUGCACCGCCGUGAUCGGCGCAAACGUGCGGUGCGGCACCGCCUGGUUCCGGCGCGGCCAGGCGCUGCACGCACUCGGCGAGGCGGAGGCGGCGGUGUGGGACCUGCAGCGCGCGGCCAAGCUUCUGCCUGGCAACAAGCAGGUCGCGCGUGCGCUCUCGCGCGCGGAGGCGGCGAGCGCGGCGACCAAGCCCGCGUCGCCACUCUCCGCAUUCGGCGGGCUCGGCGGCGCGCUUCUCGACUCGCCUCUCCUCGCCGGCCUUGGCGGCGGCGGCGCGUCGGGCCUGAUAGGCUUCGCCAAGACGGCGCUCGCAUACCGGCGGCGCGCGAAGCUGCUCUGGCGGAGCCUCAAGCCGUACCUGCCGCUGCUCUUUUACGCGGUGGUGCUGCUGCCCACGCUGCUCGCCCUGUGGCAGGGAACCAUCAAGCUCCCCCUCGCCGUCUGGCCACGCGUGUCGCUCGGCGAGCAGUGA